AUGGGUCGUGUUAAAUUGGAGAUUAAGAGAAUAGAAAACAAUACAAAUCGGCAAGUUACGUUCUCAAAACGUAGAAAUGGACUCAUUAAGAAGGCUUAUGAACUUUCCAUCCUUUGUGACAUUGAUAUCGCCCUUAUCAUGUUCUCUCCUUCUGGUCGUCUUAGUCACUUUUCCGGCAAAAAAAGGAUUGAGGAUGUGUUUUCUCGCUAUGUUAAUCUCCCCGAUCAAGAAAGAGAACAUGCUUUGAUUUUUCCUGACCAAGGCAGACACCCUGAUAUUCAGAACGAAGAGUAUCUGCUAAGAGCUCUGCAGCAACUGAGGAGUGAAAAUGACAUUGCUCUUCAACUAGCCAAUCCCGCAGCGAUCAAUAAAGAUAUUGAGGAACUCCAGCAAGAACUUGGCAGGUUACAGCAUCAACUUCAAAUGGCUGAGGACCAGAUAAGGACAUAUGAACCUGACCCUUUAAGGCUAACAUCCAUGAAAGAUAUUGAAUCCUGCGAGAAAAACCUUGUUGACACUUUGACACAUGUUGUGCAAAGAAAGGAUUAUCUAAUGAGCAACCAUCUAUCUUCUUACGAUCCAUCUGGUAUGCAGUGUCAACAAGCAAUGCCAACGUCUUUUGAGAAUGACGUUGUAGGCUGGUUGCCUGAUGGUGGCCAUAACCAAGCCCAAAUAUUCGACACACCAGCCCCUUUAAAUCAACUCAGAGAUUUAUCAAGAACAAUGUAUGAUCCAUUGUUGCAAGGAAAUAGCUUGAACACAGGGCCACCUGACAUGGGAGAAUGUCAAAUCACCAACACAAGUCCCGAAAAUUAUCCCACGUGGACUCACGCUUAUGUUUCAACAGACCUCUGUUCCUCUCCUGCAUCACCUACCUUUUACCCUCAUGUGCGGCAGCAUGGCAUGAUGGGUAUAGAGACAACAGAGAUUGUGCCACGUGAGCAGGUUGAUAUCCCAAUCAAUGGCCGCCAUGUACAAACUGACAAUGAAGGUGCAAGAACAGAAUCCCACAAGUUAAUGGGCAAUGGAAUUAAUACAAUUUUGUCUGUCCAGAAGAAAUUACAUGAUUAUUCAAUGAAAAUGGAUCAGGUUGACACAACUGGUGAACUAGGAUCUUCUUUGAUGUUUGACUUCGACUUUGAUGAUGAACUUCCGUUACUUGACAACCCCCAAUCACAGCCUUUUGAGCAGAGUCCACAAGAGAUGCAAGGAUCACCAUCAGGAAGCAAUCCGCCCAUGUCAACUGAAAAAUUCGAUUCUUCAAUUGAGAAAGCUUCAAACUUAACACCAACAGUCAAUGCGGAUCCACUGACAGAGACAACACAAGCCUCUGAUCCAAAAACAGAAAGCUCGCAACUCCAACCUCCGCCGGCUGUAGAUCAAAACCAAGAGCUGCCUUCACCGGAUCAGGUGAACUCCGAUGCACAGGUCUCACCCACUGGACAUGAAAAUAUUAGUCCAAAUAGUAAUCCAAGCCAACCGGUCGUUGCUGCUCCCAACCCAUCACCGAUGGUCUUCUCAUCCGUUAAUACUCCAUUGUCAGGGGUGCCACCGCAACUGCUCUAUGUUUCAACGUUGGAGAAUGUGGAGCUGGGAUCAUCAAGUGGAAGUAAUGAGUCUUUACUGAAUUAUUUCGACACCAGACAGACCUUCGUGGGAUCAACAGAUUCAGGUUUCGGAGGCUUUGAUCCCUCUCUUGGAAAUGCUACAAAUAUACAACGAACGAAAUCAACAUUCCUCCCUUCCCCAUUAUCAGCGACCAAAUCACACCAACACCCUCCAUUGACGGCAGAGUUGAUUCCACAGACGACGGCUGUAGUCCCAUCAUUUAAUUCAGAACAUGAGACGAGUUUGUCACAUCUAAAUCAGCUAAUCACUGGCCCUGAAAAUGGCCUUCAGAAUGAGCCUCAACAUCAAAAAGGGCUGAGUCCAGUCAAUCUAUCUUGCCAAUUAUCCGCUGAUCAACUUGUACAGAAUCAGCCAUCAGUUCAAUAUUAUCCAACUUCUUUCCCUCAGAGCUCCACUGGAAUGGGAACUGUAAAUCAACAGCUACCCCCUUGGCUUUCUAGACAGCCCUCUUGGCUUUCUUGCCAGAAUGUUCCUUUUACGCCUUUGUUAACUCCAUCAAGGUCCCAAACAAAUCAUUUCCCGGCUCCUAAUGCUCUUGAUUCUCAAUACGCCAACGUCAUGCUACCUGCAUCCUCUGGGCCAACAAGGUCUCAACAUUCAGCUAAUCAGCUACAACAGUUCAUCGGAGUCCCGGAGAAUGCUUUUAAUCCACAAUCGCAAGGCUCUAUGAUUCCUGAAUAUUCUCCUCUAAUAAGGCCCCAAAAUUUACCAUAUCAAUCGAAUCAAUUGCCAAUGUUACCUAAUCUGCAGGAUCAACAACGUUAUAACAACAUCAUGCCCGUUCCUUCAAUGGCUUUGAGUUUGAGGACCCCAGAAUAUCUUCAUCAUCAGCACCUCAAUCAAGCUGCACUAACACCUGAUGCAUCAAAUUUACAGCGUUUUAACUCCUUCCAACUCCAGCCUAACACUCCAUUGCUGCCAACGAUUCCCGAGUUAAAUGAUCGCAAUCAAUCCAUGGUGCCACAAUCUCUCAUGCUUCCAGGGUCACAGAAUUUCGAACUCCCUGGACUAUUUAAUCAACCGGCCAGGCCAAGUAUGGGGUACCAUAUACCUGGCAGCUCUCAGAAAAAUCAAGUCUUGAAUCCAACAAAUCAAAGAGAACUUAAUGUCUACAACCCUGCUGGAGCAACAUUUUCUCAGUUGGAACUGUCUUUGAACAGCCACGAUGAGCAACCACCUCUGGGACUGGGACGACGGCGUCGCGGCCGUCCUUCGACCCGAUAUGAAUUGGGGGAAUCGUCAUCAUCAACAUCAAUUAAACGCUCUAGGUGUUCAAACUUUGCAUAUGGGGAUUCGAACUUGCAAAGGCCUCAAGGGAACCAAGUCAAUAACCCAUAUCAUUCAAAUGUUUUCAGUGUCUCAAAGCCAAUGAAGAAUUCUGUAUAUGAUCCAAUAUUUGAGGGCAUUGGUCUGCCAGUUGAUCCCCAUCUAAGGCUGUUUAAUGCCCACUACUAACUUCAAGGAAUGAAGAGAGAACCGCGCCGCUUUGUUGGGUUCUCGAGUUCGAAAAUGCUGUUCUUUGUUGAUGUUUUUGAGGAAGUUUUAAGUUGAAUGCUUUCUGCAAACUGUUAUCUGAUCCCGUUUUGGUUUAGAUAUAAUGUUAUAAGUGUUUAGUUGAAUCCUCCCUGAAACUGUUUUCUAAUGUUUAACAUGAACUUAUGGAAGGCAAAAAGCCUCGACCUAUAAUCUAUUUACUCUCAUUUCUCAUAAAGGUUAAAACUUAGAA